UUUUGGCUGUUUUCUGAACCUGCAGGGGAGAGUGGUGGUACUGGUGGAGGUAAUGACGGAAUUAGUUGCGAUUGUAUCCCCUGAACUUCCAACCUCUAUAUCACCGAGUCUAACCUGCCUGCCUUUCUUUGCAGUGGUCCUUCACUGUUCUAAGUGAUGUGGUGACCAUGAUUCUUUCCAAUGAUUCUCCUCCGUUCCCACAUACUUUCUUCUUGACUGGCAUCCCAGGACAGACUGCUGCCCACAUUUGGAUAUCACUUCCCUUUUGCUUCAUGUUCUUCUUGGCGGUGACUGGGAAUGGUGUCCUGCUUUUCCUCAUCCAGACAGAGCACAGUCUUCACCGGCCCAUGUUUUUCUUUCUAGCCAUGCUCUCCUUUGUUGACCUGGUCCUUUCCUUCUCCACGCUGCCCAAGAUGCUGUCCAUUUUCUGGUUUGGUGCUACAGCCAUCAGCUCCCACUCUUGUCUCUCCCAGAUGUUCUUCAUCCACGCAUUCUCUGCCAUGGAGUCAGGCGUGCUAGUGGCCAUGGCCCUUGAUCGCUUUGUGGCCAUCUGUAACCCACUGCGCUAUGCAACCAUCCUUACCCCAGUGGUGGUUGCUAAGGUUGGAGGCCUGGUGGUGCUGCGAAGUGUGGGUUUAACCAUCUCCUUUCCAAGCCUGGCCCAUCGGCUGCCCUACUGUGGCUCACACAUUAUUGCCUAUACCUACUGUGAGCAGAUGGCUGUGGUGAAGCUGGCCUGUGGGGCCACGACUGUGGACAACUUCUAUGCCUUUGCCGUGGCCAUGUUUCUUGGUGUGGGGGAUGUGGCCUUUAUUUCCUACUCCUAUGGACAGAUUGUGAGGAUUCUGAUGCAUUUUCCUUCACCUGACGCACGUGCUAAAGCAGGCAGCACAUGUACAGCUCAUGUCUGUGUCAUCCUUUUCUUCUAUGGACCUGGUUUUCUUUCUGUGGUCAUGCAGCGCUUUGGACCACCCACAGCCUCUGCUGCCAAGGUCAUCCUUGCCAAUUUUUACUUGCUCUUUCCUCCAGCACUGGACCCCAUUGUCUAUGGGGUUAAGACCAAGGAGAUCCAGGAGCGGCUGGUCAAAAUCCUGAGCCCUAAACGAAUUGAUCCCACUUGAGGGUCGCUCCCAUCCAUUAGGACUUCAGGAGCC